AACCCUAAAAGCCCUUUCAAACCACCAAGUAUAAACACUGCUAUUAUCGCCGCAUUUCAUCUUUCACGCUAGGGUUUCUGCAACUUCAUCUACAAUGGGUAAGGGAACAGGAAGUUUCGGUAAGAGGAGGAACAAGACUCACACACUAUGUGUGAGAUGUGGUCGCCGAAGUUUCCAUCUCCAGAAAAGUCGUUGUUCUGCUUGUGCUUAUCCUGCUGCCCGUAAAAGAUCAUACAACUGGAGUGUGAAGGCAAUCCGCAGAAAGACAACUGGUACUGGACGUAUGAGGUACCUCCGCAAUGUCCCUCGCAGAUUCAAGACCAAUUUCAGAGAAGGAACUGAAGCAGCUCCAAGGAAGAAGGCUGCCGCUUCUGCUUGAAUCUCUUCGAGAGAGUAAUUGAGGAGGGUACUUUUGAUUAUGUUAGCUUAAUUUGGGUUUUCGAGUAUUAGAGAGCGGGAAAAUUUUGGGAAGCUUAUGUCCGGGGUUUGAUGCUCAGUCAAAAUUAGAGUUAUUUAUAUUUUGGAAAUGUGUUGUUGAAAUUAUCAUUUUGAUACAGAUGGAUUUUAUUUUAUAGUGCUUUCUAUUUUUGGUUGCUUGUCCUGUUCAUUUGCUUAUGUUUUCCUGGAAGUUGAGAAUUGAGGUUUUUAUGCUCGUAAUUUUGCAAUGUUUA